UUAUCAUCUAUUGUUUGUUGGGGAGUAUUUACGAGAAAUUGAAGUAAAGAAUACUAAAAAAUCAUUAAAGGAGACUAAGAGGCAUUUGAUGAAGGAUAAGAAAACUCUGGUGAAUGCUAAGGAACCUUUUAAAUUGGGAUUCUUUUUGCAUACACCUUUUGAAUUAACUAAAGAUUUUGUUUUAAACUUCAAAAAUUUUGAAGAAGAAUUUGAAAGUUUGACUAAAGAAAUUAUAAAAGGAAUGUUAAGUUUUGAUAAAGUUGGGUUCCAAACAAAUAAAGAUCGUGGUAUUUUUGUCUACUGGGCAGAGUAUUUUUAUGAGGAAAAUGUACAAAAAACUGUACAAAAUACAGAGGAAAAUACAAUUAUUAAUAUAAAAAUUGAAAAUAUUACACCGAAAAAUGGAUGUAAUUUGGGUGUUUACCCAGCUACAAUUAAAAUUGAUGAUUUUACUAGUAUUGCCGAAAAAGAUGAAAUUAUUAAUGAAGCUAAAAAAUUGCGAGACAAAGUAAAUUAUGUUUAA